CCUUCAUGUAAAAACUAGACAGACAAAAAAAAAGGAAGAUACGAGAAAAGUUUAAUGAAAGCAUAGAAGCUAGAAAAUGUUGAGCUUUUCAGUUCGAGACAAGUACCGCUGAUCCAUUUGGCACAUUUAUCUUAUCGCAACUGCGAAACCAGGUUCCCAGCCAAUCGGAUCAUACACAACUCCGGCACCGACCCAAAAACCAAACUUCCACGUUCUUUCAACGCCAUUGAAACCAAGCUCAGCAGUUCCUUCUUCUCCUCUCAUCACGAUCGAUCCAGACCCAGGUUCUGUAAGUUGAGUUUGGAAGAGGGUUUGAGACUUUUGAGGAAAAUGUACCCUGGUGGUUACACUGCUGAAGUUACGAGCUUAUCCACUAAAGCCACUGAGAAGGAUGUUUACGAUUUCUUCAGUCACUGUGGGGCAGUUGAACAUGUUGAGAUAAUGAGGUCCGGCAUAUAUGCCUGUGCUGCAUAUGUGACAUUCAGAGAUUCUUAUGCUCUUGAAACUGCUGUAUUGCUCAGUGGAGCCAGAAUCGUAGAUCAAUGUGUAUGCAUAGCACGCUGGGGAAAUUAUAUUGAUGAAGUUGAUCCUUUGAAUGGUCCUGCAUAUAACUCUGAAAGCCACAAUAGCUCAACGGCUUUUCAAACUAGCCAGUUCAUUUCUAGCCCAGGAGAGGCCGUAACUGUUGCUCAGGAAGUAGUCAAAACAAUGGUAGCCAAGGGAUAUGUUCUUGGACAAGAUGCAUUAAUCAAGGCCAAAGCUCUUGAUGAGUCCUAUCAAGUAUCAGCAACUGCAGCAGCCAAGGUCUAUGAGCUUAGCGAUCGAAUAGGGCUCACCGAGAGAAUUCAUGCAGGCAGGGAAGUGGUCAAGUCCGUAGAUGAGAACUUCCACGUUUCAGAAAUCACGAAAACAGCUGCAACUGCUACCGGUACGGCAGUAGUGGUAGCGGCAACAGUUACCGGGAGAGCAGCUUUAGCAGCAGGAAGUGCUGUAGUGAACAGCAGCUACUUUGCCAAGGGAGCUCUUUGGGUUUCAGACAUGCUGACUCGCGCAGGCAAAGCUGCAGCUGAUUUGGGCAGUCAUGACAGUAAAUAAGGAACACAUUUUCUCUAGUAUGUUCAUCUGUAUCAACCGAUAUCUUCACUUUCAUA